AAUUAUUUUAGUCGACUGCAUUUCAGUGCACCAAUUUUAUUAGUUAAAAUUCUAGUUGGGGGUUUGACUCUGGGAUUGAUCAAAUGAGUACCAUAACCACUAAUUCACUCCCCACCGUACGUGGAAUUUCCACCAAAAUAAACUGUAGGUGAGUAGUGGCUGGGGUUGAAAAAUAGGUUUGCAUUUAAAGACCAAGCUCAGGUGUGGUAUAAUAACCUAGAACAUUGGUUCUUAACCUUUUGGUUCUCAAUAGUUAAAAAAGAUAUGUUAAUACAUAUGUUUUAUGAAACAAUGUUUUACGAGCCCGUGCUUAAUUUGUUUAGAUUAUUUACCUUAUAAAAAAAAUCUGGCAUGUUCGCACCACCAGAAAGGGCAUCUCGAACCACCGCGUUCAUCCUCCACAAUACUCGGCUCCUUCAGGGUUAUGUUUCAAUUAGUGGGAUACCAUUUGAAGCAACAACAAAAACGCAGGCGAUUUUUUUUUCUCUCCCUCACCAAUUGAGCCUUCAAGAAACUUUGAGGGGUAGGACUCGGGUCGCCCUCUCCUCUGGGCAACAAACCCCUACUUGGAGCGUCCUCAGGGGCAGAGGAAGCAUCGCACAGCUGUCGCGGCGGAGGAGCAGGAGAGAGCCUAGAUGUAUAAAUGCAGUAUCCAACAGUGCUGUGUUGGUAUAAUGUAACUGUAAAUAUUAUCACGCUGAUCAUAAAAAACCGGGACUGUGGGAGAGCAGUUGCCGCCUCCUCAUCGACGAGAGGGCCGAGCAAGGCCUCCCAGCCGGGCGCCUUGAGUCGCAGGCUCGGAGAUCCGGGCUCCGUGGAAGACGGCGUUUGGCGCUACGGAUAGUUCGGUCUCGAAUUCAAGACGAGGUUGCAGGGUUGGGGGUAGAGUCGUAGAUCGCGGGGCGGUGGGGUUCGAGCGAGGGAUGAGGCCUGGAGGCUUCGCCGCGCCGCUAUGAGGGCAAUGGUGGGGCCCCGCAUCCACAAUGGACCGCGCUCUGCUCGAGGAGAGCCUCGGCCUCCUGUCUCCGCGUUUCGGCUCGCCCCGAGGCGGCGUCCCCCCCGUGCUGCCCGACGGGACCCCCGGCUACGCGGAGCUGUGGCGCGCCGCGCUGCUGCCCAACUGCCCGCGCCUGUUGCCCGCGCCGCACAGCGCCGCGUGGGGCAGCCGCGCGCGCUGGGUGACCCCGCGCGGGGAGCCCGACCUGGGCGCCCUGCACAGAGACUUUGGUGAUGCUGUGGUUCCAGUUGCAGACUGCGCGGAGCGAGAGUACAACUCCAACCCAAAGAAGCAGAUGCCCAUGCGGGAGUUCCUCUCCUACUGGCAGGAGACCAUGAGCCAAGACCACAGCUCUUCCCCACGCCCCUGCUUAUACCUGAAAGACUGGCACAUGUGCAAAGAGUUCCCAGACUAUGACGCCUACUCCACACCGGAAUGCUUCUCCUCGGACUGGCUCAAUGAAUACUGGGACGCUGUGCAUUCAGACGAUUACCGCUUUGUCUACAUGGGACCACGCGGCUCCUGGACUCCGUUCCACGCGGACGUGUUCCGCUCCUACAGCUGGUCGGCCAACGUGUGCGGACGCAAACUCUGGCUGCUCUACCCACCGGGCCAGGAGGAAGCGCUUCGCGACCACCUCGGCAACCUGCCCUAUGACGUCACCGCACCUGAUCCAUGGCCGCAGGAUGCCCCGGCCAAGAAGCCGGCGCCAUGGGACACCGCAGGAGGGGCGAGAAGCGCAUCGGGAGCAGCGCAGCUAAGGCAACGUGGCCAAAAGCCCAUGGAGGUGAUCCAGGAGGCAGGAGAAAUCAUCUUCAUCCCGAGUGGUUGGCACCAUCAGGUCCACAACCUGGAGGACACCAUCUCCAUUAACCACAACUGGCUCAACGGCUGUAACAUCGACCUCGUGUGGAGCUUCCUUCAGAGCGAGUUGCGGGCCGUGCAGAAAGAAAUCGGCCACUGCCGUUCGGGAAUGAGCAACUGGGCAGAGCAGUGCCAGUGCAUUAUGAAGGCCUGCACAGGCAUCAACUACGUGGAGUUCUACUCGUUCAUGAAGCUGAUUGCAGAGAGGAGGAUGGAGUUCCUGCACGAGAGAAUGGACAUCCCAGGCCCUCGCUGUGCUGCCAAAAGCAGCUCCACGGGCCCGGACCACUCUCGCGUGGGUGAGGCUGGCGAGCACGGCGAGCUCACUCGACUAGGGAAUUGGCACGCGGCUUUUGACCUGAUGAGGGUGCAGGAGGUCCUUGUCGCCCUGCAGGGUGACUCGGACUUUGGGCUUCUUCCUGUCGACUCCCUGCCCAAGCGACCUGAGCAGUUGCAAAUGGACAUCGAGCACGUUAUAGGCAACAUGGGAAGGAUGCCCACGGCGGAAGAGGGAGCUCACUGAAAAGACUGAUGUGAUUCAUCAAAUCGCCUACACUUGGACGCUUGUAAUAUGGUAUCCGUGUUAUAUUCAGUGGCGGUUCGUGACAUUUCCACUAGGUGGGGCUGUUGUUAGUGACCUGAAAAUAUGGUGUUCUAAUUAAUAAAAACUUUGUCAUGUUAAUGGCCUUCCUGUGAAAGUGAUAACAGGUCCUUGCAGGGUGGGCUGGUAGGAACAUUGGAAUUUUGCGCAAUUUUAUGACAUUGUUAUGUAAAAUUGUGCAAAUUGAGAGCAUCUUCCCAACUUUUUGCUCUCAAAAUCGUUGAGGGUUCUUCGGACAAAUUAACCUCUGUAGAGGAAUGGAAUGGUGAAAUCCUUAUUGACUGAAAUCUGCUCAUUUUGGAGCAAUGUAUCAUAAACUCGUUAAGGGCUGGGCCGAAAAAUGACAACAAUUGCAUUUUAAAAAAUGAGGAUUUGUUUCCCGGUAUACGGUAGUAUGGGGCUUUAGACUCCGGAUUAUUAGCGUUUCUGCUCGAAAUCGAAACAUGACCGGCUUAUGGCCUUAUACCUGUAAAUUUGUGUUGAAUAUGUCAUGACAAAACUGAGAGACAAGGCUUCGAGAGUCUUCGAUAGUUCAUUAUUGCAUGUUGGAUGGCGUUGGCGCAGUUGCGGCGCCUGCUGGGAUUGGCUUUGGGUCGAUGGCAUCUGCGAUUUUGUCUCCGAUUUUGUAAAGGGUUCCAGCAACAAAUGCGGCCUCUGUUUCAGCAAGCAGCUUUUCAACGGUGGCAUCCAAAAAUCCGUCGAUGUCUUCGAAGUCAUUGCUCAUGGUGUUCAUGUCUUGUACCGAGAAAAACUCAAAGUGCCGAAUCCACAAGUGUGAGCACAUUGUUGUGAAAGGAACUAAGUAUACAGAAAAAAUCAAUUUGUAAAAUAUACAACACGGGAUAUUUCCUCUGCCUUUUGCAAUAAAAUGCACAAAGUGGUCGUCCAUUUUAUCCAAUUUUAUUCACUAAAUGUUCAAGGGGCCGUCCAUUUUAUUCAAUGUUAUUAGCUGAAAAUGUACCAAAGCUGUCUAUUUACUCGAAGAAUAUUUGGCUCAGUUCCAUGUAGAUUUAUUUGUCACCAGGAAAAGAAACAAAAGUUCAGUCAAUAAGAAUUGAAUAGCCAAAUCGUGAGCUAUUUCUGGUAGUAUGUACUUCGUAUGCCUUUUGGAAUGAAAUGAACAAUGGAGUCGUCCAUUUUAUCCUAUUUUAUUCACUAAAAUGCACUGAAUUGAAUUGCACUUACUUUUGACAUCAAUUGAAUUGCGUUUGCUAUAGACGUAAUUUUUUAAAUUGAAAUACAUUUUAAUUGAAAUACAUUUUAAGAUACAAUGGCAUGAAGAGGCUUCGGCUGUGGGCUGUGUGUGAAUUUGGCACAUCCCCAAAAGCGAAGUUCGCAAAUGAGAUAAUGUGACUUCCAAAUGUUGGGUGCAAUAAGACAUAUCAAGUCUCUGCGAUGUCUAUUGCUGAUUUGACACCCAACAGCACGAAAUUUGACUUCAUUGAAGUAUUGUGACACCCAACAGCACGAGAUUUCACUUAUGAAAGGGGACGGACGGACGCAUUAAUCUAUUGCAGGCUGGUACACUCAGGUUACAACUUCGUUCCUACCGGUAUAACUGUCUUAUCUACCAACGGUAGGCAUUUAUAAACGAAACAAAACAGCACUCAAAUGCUGUCCCAUGACCCUCAAGUCGACACUACACAACCCCUUUGACACUACAAAAAGCCUCUAUAGAGCGUAUUUGCACAGUGCAACUUAGCAUUGUAACAUGGUCAUUAAAGCCAUGGGCGCAUUUUUCAUCGCCCUGAAUGGGUCUGAAACGGCGUGGCUAAAAUGCUAAGCUAAUCGCAAUGAAUGAAGGGAUAUCUCUCGGAUGCCUUCACAGCCACCCCGAGACCUCCCCGAGGCACAAAUCAGACUGUGUUGCAGCGGUGUCUAAUAUGAACAACUUAAAAUGUUAGUUUCAUUAGGCAAUUCACGUUGAAAGAAUAAUUUUAUUUACUUUUAAGUAUUUUCUAAAAAAAAAGAUUAUCUCCAGUUGCUUGGUGGGGCUCGCCGCAACGCCCCUAGUACAUGAACCGUGCCUGCUUAUAUUUCCUUUGUAAAAAGCAAUCCGUAAUUGGUGCCGGACUGAUGUAGGAAACGGCAUUAAAAUGAAUACAAUGUUUACAGUAUCAAACAUUACUCUAUUGUAGAAUAUAAUAAAAUUUUACUUGAGGUGUACGGUUGCCCCAGCACGGGAACACAAUUUACACGCAGCUUUGGGCGGCAGGGUGACAGUGCUAACAACUUGUGCCUCACAGCAAGAAGGGCCUGGGUUGACUCCCUACUUGCAUACUUAUUGUGUGGAGUUGUUUGUUUCCCCUGCGCUGCAUGGGUUUCCUCCAGGUUCUGUUUCUUCCCAUAGCCAAAAAAUAUAUAUAACGUAACUGGUAUGACCAAACAUCCCAAUGCUGGAAAAUUACCUGCAACUUACUCGAUUAUGAUGACACAACAGUAACAUUGCCAUUUUACAGUGAAAGCUUAGCAGGAUCCUCUUGGGAAAUAAUCUAGGGAACCUGCGAGUCUUUCCUGGGUAAGCAAGCGUAAUAACGAUCAAAUCUCCUGGUAAAAAAUGGAUGACACCGUCUCGAUAAAAUAAACUUUGAAAACGCG